AACCCACAAAUAGAGAAAAUUUAGAGAAGAUUGUGCCCAUUAAAAGAGAUAAAAGAAAGAUCUAAAUAGGGACAUACCGCCCUGGUGGAGGGAAGAGAGGAAACCCUAGCAAUUGCUCCCAAUGAAACCUGGAAUUUCUUCCUUUCAUUUUCUUUCUCUCUCUAUCCCUUCAUCAACACUAGAUCUGGACAUUUUCCCUUCCAAUUUCUUUCUUUUGCUAGGUUGCUGCUGGGUUCGAAGGAACCCAAGCUACUAGGUUCCUAAAUCCUUUUCUUUAACCUCUAAAUCUUUUUAUUUUCUCUCCCUUUCCCCAACACCAGAUUUAGGUUUCUUUGUAGGUUCCCACUUGCUCAGCUUCAUGUUUUGUUUUGGUGAAAUUGACGAUGAUGAAGAAGAGGAAGAUAAGGCUACAGAUGAUUAGAAUGAGGAUGGAGGUGAGGAGGAAGAUGGAUCUAGUGAGGACAGUGAAUAGCAAGAAGGAGAAAGGAAAGGAGAGAGAGAAAGAAAGGGCUAGGUUGGGUGCGUUUGGAGUUAACGGAAACUUUGCUGCUGAUUCCUUUUACCAGAGUAGUUGUUCCAACAAAGGCAGCUUCAUCGAUGGCAGUACUUACCAGGCCAAUCUUGACAGUCUCUUCUCCCAUCUCUCCUCUACCACCAAUAUCUAUUAUGGGUUCUGCAAUACGUACUUCGGUAAAAAACCCGACCUGGUCACGGCCAUUGGACUCUGCAGGGGAGACCAAAGUCACGAUGCUUGCAGAAGUUGCCUGAAACAAACCAUGUCCGAGCUUAAGCAGAGCUGCCCCACCAGCUUGGAGGCAGUUGGAUGGUCGGAAUUCUGUACGUUGCACUAUGCAAACCAAGAAAUUUAUGGAAAAUUGACUACAGGUCCUCACCUUGGACUAUACUUCGGAGAUAAAUCGAACGGUGAUGAGUUCAAUACAAGGUUGAAUUCCUUGUUGAAUAACUUAAUCAACCUUGCGGCUGCCGGAGGCCCUCUUGUGAAGUAUGCAGUUGACAACGGAACUGGCAUCAACGCACUCGAGCAGUGCAGUCCUGAUCUGUCCCGGCAAGACUGUAGCGAUUGUCUGGCGACAGCCAUAGGAAAGAUUCCAGAUUUAUGUAAUGGGAUGACCGGAUGUAGAAUUGUGACUCCCAGCUGUAACUUGAGGUAUCAAACUGAACCAUUUUCUGAGGCUUUAGCUAACAUUUUUUCUUCAUCAUCGCCACAGUCUAAUAUCCUGCGGCCAUCAUCACUGCCAUCUGCCUCGUCGGGAGAAGGUGAAGUUGCUAAUUAUUGAGAGAGAGAAUAAAUAUCUAGGGAUGAUAAAAGAAGAUUUAUGAUUCUUUCACGGCCUAAUAUGCGAUUGCAUUUUGCAGAAGAUUUCCAUUUUUUUUGUUUUUUGAAGUUAAUCCGCGCAUAAUCUUAUCUUACC